GGGUAAAUGAUUUGCAGAAUCCAUAAGUGAAAAUUUGAUUGGCUAACUUUAUGUCAUUUCUUCAACUUUUUUUUCAGUCCACCGACGGUGCUGUAGCUAUUUCUCAGCUAGAGAAGUCAACUAGGGUCACCACAACACCAUAAUAUAGGAAAUCAGCAGGACACCAAUGAUGAAUGUGGCAGGGAGAGUGUGAAAGGAUAAGGAAAAGGAAGAUUUCUUGGAAUCAUGAGUAAGAAAAGUAGAGGAAAAAAGAGAAAAAGAUCCACCUAAUGUGAGUAGAAAACCUCCACAUAAGGAGAGAACUCCUAAAGGAAGUGGGAAAACCCCAAAAAGGAUAAGAAAUCCCCAUGAAAGGGAAAGAAAGUGAAGUGAGAAGAGGACAGCAUUUUCCCCCAUCAUUUUAUAGUGGGUUGGCCGUUUGUUAAUUGGCGGGGCUGGACAUGUUUUCUAGCCCCUCCAUUGGCGAGUCAGCUCAUCCCGUCCCGUUUUUUGCAAGCUACGGCUGCUUAUAUAAUAGUAAGGAUGCCUGUGACUCUGAGAUAGAUUCAUAGUAUUUACUCCAUUUAUAUUGAGUUCUUGGAAUCAGACUUCAAACUCAUAUCUGAAAGAUAAUAUCUUCAGCCUCUAUACAAAAAAGGCUAGCCUAUAAUAUAUUAUUUGAGCAGGGCUGAAAAAGAGAGUUUUCUUGAAACAAAUUGAAGUUGGGGUCUUCAGCUCCAUGUGACUAUCAUUUUCCUUGCUAAUAUCAGCCUGGGAGGAAAUUGUGAGCCAUUCAUUUUUUGGUUUGUCUUGCAACAUCAACUUUGGUUCCAAAGGUGGAGCUUUGAUUUUGAGAUCAGGAGGAAGCUUUAAGAAAAGAGAAUCAGAAAGUUCAAGUUGGAGUUCAGGGAUAGCCAAGGGAAGCCAUUGGGAUUAUAAAUACUAAUACACAAGGUUUUAUAUUGUGUUCGCGGUUCUUCUUAUUGCAGAAAAUUGUGAAUAAACAAGGCUGUUGCAAACAAAAUCACUGUCGCGUUGCGGUUUUGGAAACCUUCCAGGUAUGACCCUUGCAAGAAGCCUUCCAGGCAUUGAAAAGAUGGAAAAACUGCCGCAUAAGGCAGUGCCAUUGCUGUCUCUUCCUGAGCUUGAUGUUGCUGCAACUAAACUUCAGAAAGUCUACAAGAGUUACCGAACUCGAAGAAACCUUGCAGAUUGUGCUGUUGUGGUGGAGGAGCUCUGGUGGAAAGCAUUGGAUUUUGCUUCUCUUGAAUGGAGCUCUGUUUCAUUCUUUGAUGUGGAUAAACAAGAAACUUCGGGGUCACGGUGGGCAAGGGCAAGGACAAGAGCAGCUAAGGUUGGAAAAGGUUUGUUCCAGGAUGAAAAGGCACAGAAAUUAGCCCUCCAACAUUGGCUUGAAGCUAUUGACCCGCGACACCGCUAUGGACACAAUUUGCACCUGUAUUAUGAUGUCUGGUUUAAAAGCCAAAGCACACAACCAUUUUUCUACUGGUUGGAUGUUGGAGCUGUUAAAGAAAUAAAUCUAGAGGAAUGCCCAAGAGCCACCCUACAACGCGAGUGCAUUAAAUAUCUUGGACCAAAAGAAAGGGAAGAAUAUGAAGUAAUUGUUGAAAGUGGGAAGCUGGUGUACAGUCAGAGUGGGAGGCUUGUGGAAACUGAUGGAAUAUCCAAAUGGAUAUUUGUUCUCAGCACCACAAGGGCCUUGUAUGUGGGGAGGAAGCAAAAGGGUGCAUUUCAGCACUCAAGCUUUCUUGCCGGUGCUGCAAUAACAGCCGCAGGAAGAUUAGUGGCUCACGAGGGUGUGCUUGAGGCUAUUUGGCCUUAUAGUGGUCACUAUCACCCAACAGAAGAGAACUUUCGAGAAUUCAUAAACUUUCUUGAGGUCCAUAAUGUAGACCUCUCUAAUGUCAAGAGAUGUGAUGUAGAUGAUGAUGCUCCGUCAUAUGUGGGGACAGAUUCAUUCACAGCCGCUACUGAAUCACAAGAAAUCAAGGGUCCUAUUAUUAAUGCUAGUGAUAUCAAUAAUGCAAUUGUUCAUGAAGAGGUUAAGGUCAAGAAGGUUGAGGCACCACUUGCAUUUGAUUUCUCAAAGAGGUUGUCACGCAAGUGGGCCACUGGUGCUGGAGCCCGUAUUGGAUGUCUCCGUGACUAUCCUGAACAUCUUCAAUCAAUAGCAUUGGAGCAAGUUAAUUUGCUCCCAAAGCCUGCAGCUGCACAAACAUGUAGUUAUGGUCCAAUCCCGGCUCCAAGACCAAUCCCAAAAGUUAGAGUUUCUCCUAAGCUUGCAUACAUGGGAUUACCUAUCCCAAGAACCCCAAUUCCUGCUGCAAGUUAGAGGUCUACAAUUGAUUUUGAAGUCAAAAUCAGUUAUGAUGAGAAACUUAUGUGAGUAGCUUCUGGUGGUGUCAGAAUUGAUUUUGCUGAUUCAAACAUGCUAUUUAAAUAUUUAGGGCCAAUCUGAGACCAUACACCUGUUGUUGACCAAAUAUGAAAAGAUCAUGUGCCAUACCAAAAAUGUGUGUGAGAAUUAAUUUCCAAAAAUGUGUGUGACAGUUAUGUACAAAAAUGUGUGGCAUUUGAGUUGAGGACAAUUCUUGUAUUGUAGCCACAACUAGUAAAUAUAAGACUAGAGAGACUAACUAUUUCUUUA